AUGGCUAAGAGAAUAUGGAGCGUGAUGCGGGUGGUGUACUGCAUGGCACGAAAGGGCAUUUCAAAGCGCAAGCUCAUGCUCGAAUUCAACCUCAUCAUGAAGCGAAGCAAGAUCGCCGGCAAGGCCAUCGGCAACCUCAUGUUCCACCACCACCACGAAGCUUCUACGUCAGCCUGCCGCUCCCACGACGGCGCCGCCACCCCUCCCGACCACUACGAGUUCAGCUGCAGCAACAGCCCCGCUGGCCCCUCCCAACACUUCCCCUUCUAUCUCGCCAAGCGCGGCCGCCGCAGCCACGGCCACCACAACUCUCACUUCUUCUCGUGCGCCCACGCGCCGCCCACCGCCGACGACGAUUUCGUCAAGGCGGUGCUGGAGAUGCUCAACGGCGGCGCGGGCGGCUCUGCGGAGGCUUCGCCGCUGAUGCAGCUGCCGGGCUUGGGGCAGAACCCGGCGGUGGUAAGGCAGCUGAGGAUAACGGACUCGCCGUUCCCGCUGAGGGACGCCGACGGGGACAGCCGCGUGGACCAGGCGGCGGAGGAGUUCAUACGGAAGUUCUACAAUGAGCUCAAGCAGCAGAAGAUAAUGGAAUUAAAUUAA